GGAUAUGUGAUUAAAUAGGGGAGGAGAAGCCAGGGAGGAGACCCUCCAGGCGCCGCUCUUCCUUGUCAGCAUUAUUUAGCCCAGUCAGUGUGCGUUGUCGGCGGCUCCGCGUACUACGCUCGCUCGGUCCGCUUCAACGCACGGAGCAGACACAUUUGAGCGGGGAGUAUUGCCAUCCUUCGUCCAUGGACUCGUAUGCGGAGCCGGUCGACCUCCGAGUCCCUUCAGAGUGAAUGAGCCAGUUCCUGUCCACCCAGUUGGAUCGGUUGCUGUUAUCCCCUUGCAGUUCGUCGCUAUGGGGCAAUAACGAAGGGAAUCCACGGUCUUCCUCCAACCCACCCACCGGUCUUGCACCCUCAUCACAGAAGCCCCUGUCACUUAGUAACAAACAAACAUACCCCCAGUUCGACCCAACCACUCCCCACAUCCAGUCAAGUGGUGAAGUGGACCGCAGUCUUGUGAUCUUUCAAAAGUGUAGCGCCUGCAUACGCUUACGCUUUUGUCAUGGCAACAGUUGUUUUUUUUGUUGCUGUCGAGUUGCUCAGGGGACAACGCAAGGGAGUGCAGGUGGCAGCAUAAAGCUCGCAAAAGGACAAAAAAAAAAAAAAAAACUUAUCCGUCAGACUUGACGAAGGACAUGAAAUUCCUCAGGGGGUGAUAAGUGCACCAUGUGGCACCGCCAUCGCCCCCUCUCGCCAGUCAGAGAUUGGACCAAAAGUCAACUUUGGAAAUAUUUGGAACAUACUUAAAUCGCAACAAAAAAUGAGGGAAGGAAUUUUUCUUUUUUGGAAUGUCUUUUUGGUGCUUAAUUGAAGUGAAAGCCCACCAAAAGUGCCUUUACAUUGCAUUACUUUUGUGUAUAUUUUUCUACUCUUUGACUCCAUAUCAGGAUCGCUUAUGACAUGACCAACAAAUAGUUGGCAAUCCUCAGCAUCCUUCUCCAACAUACUUUUACGUCAAACACAGACUUUUGUCCAUAGCCACUUGUCAAUACUACCACCAUGAUCACGCUGCAAUCCAAAUGGCGUUAUCUGUUCAUGUUCCUGGGCAUCCAACUGGUAGUCAUGGCCCUGCUGUCCCGGGAGGGCUAUCAGAAAAGGGUCACCUAUUUCAUACGGAUCUUCCGCAAAUCGGACUCCACCACCAAGUCGCCUGGGAACCACUCGACCUCUGGCGUGCCUGUAGGAUAUGUGCACGCUAACCUCUCCCACCCGUACAAGGCGCAGAACAAUGAAGAUGUUUACUAUUGUCCCAAAAUGUCACCUCUCUUAGGUGGGCCGAUCCACGUAAUCUUCCAGUCGGGCCUCACGCUGGCCCAGGUGCAGCGUAAAAACCCGCUGGUGGAGCGCGGUGGACGCUACCGGCCACCUGAUUGUGUGGCUCGCCACCGUACAGCCGUGGUCAUCCCACACCGCCACCGUGAGCACCACCUCAAGUUCCUGCUCUACUACCUGCAUCCAUUCCUGCAGCGACAGCAGCUGAACUACGCCAUCUAUGUCAUCCACCAGGCGGGCAACUACACAUUCAACCGGGCCAAGCUGAUGAACGCUGGCUUCCGCGAGGCCAUGCGCGAGGAGGACUGGGACUGCCUCUUCUUCCAUGACGUGGAUCUCAUCCCCGAGGAUGAUCGAAAUUUGUACACCUGCGACGCCAACCCCAAGCACGCCGCCAUCGCCAUGGACAAGUUUGGCUACAAGCUUCCGUAUCAGAUGUACUUCGGUGGAGUGUCGGCUCUCACGCCUCUCCACUACCUCAAAAUGAACGGCUUUCCCAACAAUUACUGGGGCUGGGGUGGCGAGGACGACGACAUCGGUGUCAGAGUGUCUCUUGCGGGAAUGUCCAUCACACGUCCCUCCCUGAAGGUGGGCCGCUACAAGAUGAUCAAACACAAGCUGGACAAGGGCAACGACGUCAACCCAAAGAGGUUCAACAUGCUGGCCAAAACACGUCAGACGUGGAAACUGGACGGCAUGAACACGGCCGAAUACGAGGUUGUCUCGCGGGAGUACCUCCCGCUGUACACCAACAUCACCGUCUACAUCGGCACCGAGGCCGGACUGCACCCGCCGCCCCCCACGGUCCCGAUCACUGCCAAGGCUGACCCCAUCAAAACUGACCAAUAGCCCGUCAUCUCGUUAUUUGCGAGAUGUUUAUUUUUCCAUCGGUUAGCAUUGUUGCGAGCAGGUCUUGGUGCAUAUAUCUAGAUCAUCAUUCAUACAUAGAUAUAUAUUUUUUCCUUCAACUUAUAUCAGCUUCCUGUGUCGUAUUGGACUCUAUGAGUUUAUCGACAGCGCCACUCCGUGCUUUGUGCUCAAACCUGCUGAUGCCUUAAGAUAUUCGCCCACUCCUUUCAACCACUAUUUAUGCUCCUUCAGAAUUUUGUAUUUUGUAUUUUUUUUUUUCCUGGGGUUGGUGUGAUGAUGAUGCUCCUGCUGCAGUCAAAAGAUUUGUUCUGGCGUUCAAGAUAAUUAUAUUUGGUGAGCAUAUUGGAACCACACUGUUGCAAAAGUUUGCCCAUUUCAACGGUGACAUUAGAAGUGAAGCCCCACCAGUCUUUUUUUUUUUUUUUUUUUUUUUUUUUUUUUUUUUUUGCUUUGUAUUGAUUGGGUAUGACACAAAAUAGUGGUCAGACGGUGCAAAAAAAAAAUAUCUGAAUUGCAUUUGAUUCAUGCAUUCAGGCAUUGUAAUUAUUUAAAAUGUAUCCAAAAUUAGAUAUAUCAAUUAUGGUCAUGAUUUUCUUUAAAAGAAUAUUUCAACAAUAAUCUGUCUAGCAAAGUUCAAUUGGUCUUAUUAAAUUUGUUUUAAAUGAUAAAAGUAAAUUAAAAUAGAAUUAAAAAAACUUAAAACUAAAUUUUUUAAGAUUGAAAAUACUAAAUUACAUUCAGUGUAAAGCUCUCAAAUUCUAUCAAUAUAUCCAAUUAAUUUUUUUUUUAAUUGUACCAAUUAUGAAUCCUGAGGAAAACAAUUGGUAUCCUUAAAUUUAAGUGUAUUAAUAAUUUUCUUUUUUAUACAUGUACAAUUUUUUUUAAACUUAUCUAAGGGUUAAUGAAAUAUAUUAGCAAAUUCUCUUGUCAAACACAAAAACUGCAGUUUUAAUCAAUAUUAGGGCUUGGUUUAAAUCAUUUAAUUGUAUUUUGUAAGGUUUUUUUUGGGGGGGGGUUCCUGAAACUUGUAGAAAGUAAAUCAUAUGCCAUAAAAAAAAAAUUCUGAAAAAACUUUUUUUUUUUUUUUUUUUUUUUUAAGUUAAAAAGGCUUUUUGUUGUGCAUACAGCAACAUCCUUUCUAUCUCCUUCCAUUCAUGCAGUAAAUGUUCACCACGUGCUCUUCGGCUUUCUCCCCGCCAAGUAAUCACACAUCCAAUCAAAGCUACACCGUUGUGCUUAUACAAGAUCAAUUUAAUCCUAAUCCACAAUCUUGUAAUUAGCAUCUCAGGAAGCCGCCAUCCAAAGAGAACUUGUCAGAAAGAGAGCGUGUGCACCUGCUAUCGUACGCAAAGCUCUGAGCAUUUAUUCCAUACUCUUGAGAUCUUUUUUUUUUUUUUUUUUUAAAUAUAUGUAUAACACUCCUUUCUUCCACUACAGCAUGACAUUUCUUUACAUGAAAUAGUUGGGUAUGCGUACUAGUAAAUCACAAACAUGAGGCAAAACUGUCUUGUAGUUGACUUAUCUGUUGUGGUAUUUGUACUACAAACUAGAGCAGUCUGUGAAUCCUUGAUGUACAGACGGUACUAGUACGUGGACAUUGUGAUGCCCAGGCUAUGGAAUAAACGCUCAACUUGCUUUCCUUAAGUUACUGUGACUUUCUCACGUGAUUCCUGACGCUUGGCAGCAUGUUUGCAGGUCAGUGCGCUGUACAAAGUGUCCUAAAGGUAUCAGGAAAUCUGACUUUUCUGUCGUGUAACAGUUUUGUUGCUUUUUGUGGCUAUCAUUGUAAGUCAGUACUUGACUGGGCCACUGUUAGCCCGUGCGUGUAUGUGCGCGCGCGUGUCGGCAUUCAGCGCAAGCGAGUGGCCUUAAAUUCAAUAAUAAAUGGAUUAUACAAAUGA